CCCCCCUCUUUUCCUCCUUUGGUGCUAAAUCGCGGGGUGUUUCUGCCCCCCCCCGCCCCCGGCAGGGAAGGACUUUGCAAUGCUGCGGCUCCCCAAGGGAGUGUCCCCAGCUCAGGGCAGGGGGGGUGUCACCCUCAAACCUCCUCUUUCCCCCCAUCCCUCCAUGAAGGUGGUGUCGGGGAUGGGCUCCGCAGAAUGGGGGGCUCCCAGCCUGAGCAGCCCCCCGAUACCCACCGGCUCCUUCACCCAUAUCUACACGCCGGCGCCUGUCAGCCUUCCUGCUUCCCUCGGGGGGGGUCUUUAUGCCACCCCCCAGAGCCCCCAGCUCGGAACCCUCCGUCGGGGACGGCUGCCGGCCAAGAGGAAGCUGGAUCUGGAGGGUCUGGAAUUUCGCACGCCCAAGGAGAAGGGCAGGACGCUGGCGAGGGUCCCCAGCCCUAGGACUCCCAAGUCUCCCGGGGAGAAGACUCGCUACGACACCUCGCUGGGGUUGCUCACCAAGAAAUUCAUCCGGCUGCUGAGCGAGUCGUCUGACGGCGUCGUGGAUCUCAACCGGGCGGCUGAGGCUCUAGGAGUCCAGAAACGGCGCAUCUACGACAUCACCAACGUGCUGGAAGGCAUCCAGCUCAUCCGCAAGAAGUCCAAGAACAACAUUCAGUGGAUGGGGACUGGGAUCUUUGAGGACACAGCGGUGACGGCCAAGCAGCAGGUGCUGCGGGGGGAGCUGGUGGAGCUGGCGAGGACGGAGAGGACGCUGGACCAGCUCCUGCAGGACUGCGCCCUGCAGCUCCGGCAGCUGGUCGACAACGAAGCCAACCAGAGGCUGGCGUAUGUCACCUACCAGGACCUCCGUGCCAUCAGCAACUUCCAGGAGCAGACGGUGAUCGCCGUGAAAGCUCCCCCGGAGACACAACUGGAGGUGCCGGACUUCAGCGAGGACAACCUCCAGCUUCACCUGAAGAGCACCAAUGGCCCCAUUGAGGUGUACCUCUGCCCGGAGGAGGUUGCGGAGGAGAGCCCCACCAAGGACCACGGCGUCUCCACCACCACCACCACCACCACCUCCACACAGGACCACACUAUACCCUCCUCCCCACCCAUCAGCCUCCGGCCAGCCCCACAGCAACUCCACAGCGUCCACCAGAGCUGGGGGGGUACGGAAACCCCCUCCUCACCCUCAUCCCUGCCUUUUCCCAUGCCGGGAGGACCCAGCUCGUUGCUGGAGGUGGAUGCUGGGCUCCUGGGCUUGCCCUCACACCUCCUGCAGCAGACGGAGGACCAGCUGCCCUGCACUCCAUCCCACCUGGACUUGGGACCCUUUGUCACCUUCUCGCCCCCCCUGGAACAGGAUGACUAUCUCUGGGGGUUGGAGGGGGAGGGCGUCAGUGACCUGUUUGAGGCGUACGACCUGGGGGAGCUGCUGAACCACUGAGCCCCUCCUGUUCUCCAUCACCUUCGCCCUCUGAUCACUCAUGUCCCGAGCAUGUGGGGUCUCUACGGGUCGCUGGAGAACGCGGGGUGCGUCAGGGGGUGCUGGGUUUUCUGAGGGUGGUGGUGGGUGGGGGUUUGCGUUAGCCACCCUAACUUCUUCUUCUUGCUUCUCCUGAGUUGGUUGUCACCUGGAGGCUGUGGUGGUCACCUUGUUGGGCUCCUGGAGUUAUGGGCUCCCAUAUCUCUUGGGCUGAUGGUGGGCUGGGGGUGCCUUUGGGUGCACGGGGUGAGUUAGGGGCACCCCUGGGUGGCAGAGAACCCCCUGCCGAGAACGGGCCAUGUUGGGGAGAUGCUUUGUUUUGGGAUCACUCCACUUGCUCCCCAGUCAGACUGGUUUUUCGGGGUCACGAUGGGUCAUUCCGAGUGGUGUUUUCUGAAAUAUCCUUUUAAAGGAUAAUCAGGCAGCAAAAAGUCACCUUUGGGUGAUGAGAGGAUGAAGGUCCUUUGUGGGAGCUGCACCCACAACCUCCAAAAUCAGCAGCUCUGGCAAAUCCUUGGCCAGGACACGGAGCUGGGGAUGGGGGCUGCGAACCCUUUCUCCCAGUCCGUA